GGGAAAAUAGUCAGCCUGGAUGAGUGGAGACAGUUGUUCAAUGCAGCCACAAAGUAUGAGAUGAAGGAUGUAGUGCGAAGCCUGCCUUGGAGUUUAGAGUCUUUUGCUGAAGCGGAGCCCAUACGGGUCUACGCCCUCGCCACCAAACAUGGGCAGCGGGAGAUCGCUCAGAAGGCGGCAUUUAAUACCCUCCGACAGCCGUUUGGGGAAUGGGAGUUUGUCCCAGAGCUGAAAUAUAUAACAGGAACCGACCUGCAGAAAUUGUUCUGCUACCACGUCGCAUGCGGAAAGCUGGCUAGUUCCACCAUAGAAUCUUGCCGCCAGAACGCAAAUAUACUGGCGGGUUCUACAUUUUCUUGGUACACCUGCCGCUCCGGGUCGAGUGACUGUAAGUCUAGUGGGCUAUGGUGGCAGAAAGUCAUAGAUGAACUUGCUGUUGCCCUCAAGCAAAAGCCAAGAGGGGGGGUAUUAGAGGAGGGACAUGAUUUGAUUACCCGAACAUCACUUGCAGUAAACGACUGCUGCAUUUGCCGAUUGAAAGCUCCCGCAGAUAUGGAGAGAUUCAAACACGAAAUUGUAACCAAAAUUGAUCAAGUAAUUUCACAGUACCGACUCCCACCGACAAUUUAUCGUGCCAGUAGCCCAUUACUAGCGAGGGCCAUCUAUAAACCAUGCAGAUUACGCUGGAGUACCGACUCCUAAUUUAUCAUGGCCCAGAGAUAAGUCUGGAGUAGACGUACUAUAUGUAUCAGAUAGCUGGGUGGGGUCAGCCAACACAUGGUGUUACGGAAAGACGUGUACAGCCAAGCACAAUAACCAUUUGCGUUGUCCCGGUUUGUCUUGUUCCGUUGUUGAUCAAACUGCAACAAAUUCAUCAUGUUCAAGUGACGCCCUUGUGCUUUAAAGCUUCGUGUUCCAACUGGAAUUCCGUGACGCCCAAUUCGAUCGACCGUUAACCCGUCCUACGGUUUCACCACGACCUGUUACCAAAUGUUGGAUUGGACAGGAACGGUAAGUUUUGACAGCGGGAGGGAAGGAGGGGGCCAACAUGGAAGUGGGAAUGACCCAGCAAUAGGACUGAACUUCAGAACCGAAUAUGACGGGGUCGACGGGCCGUUGAGUUCUUGUCUACUGUAUAGAUUCUGUAUGGAUACAUAUUCGGGCCUGACGCUUCGUGCUGCCAUCUCCAACUCGAUGAGAGUGAUGGGAUGUUGUGUGUUGUAUGAUGUAUAUGCUAUCAUGGA